AUGAAGUCCAACAUCAUCACCAUUGGCCUUGGCACCAUCGCUGUCACAGGCGUCGCUGCACUUCCGGUCCUGAAUCAAGACAUCGCCGUCUCCCUCGAUCCCCGUGCCGAGUUAGCCAUCGAAACUCCCCAAGGUGCUGACCUUGUAGCACGAGCUGUGCCAGAUGUGGAAGCUUCCCAGGUCGCCGACCUCGUUGCCCGCGACGAGGAGGAUUAUAGAGCGAAUGGUGCUGUGCAAGACAAGGGCCUUGGAUAUUCGCCAAACAGCUACAAUGGGCGUUACGACCAUGACUGGGAACAAUGGGGGUGGAGUGAUUUUCUAAGGAGGCUUAUUAUGUACUACCGGAGGGACAAGUAUACAUGUGGCUUUGGGUUUGAGAAUCAUGGGAUGUGCUAG